AUGAGUGGUAAACAAAGAACAGAAAAGCGUUCUCGUGUCCAUCGCGAGAAAGUAGUCAGUAUCACAUGUCCAUUGAAUAAGAAUAAAAAGAAGUCUGUUAGUUCUACAGUAAUAGAUCAAGAAGAAAAAAAGUUUCAAUGUGAUUAUGAAGGAUGUGGAAAGAUAUUUAAACGUUCUGAACAUUUAAAAAGACAUAUUACAUCUAUUCAUACUAAAAUCAAAGACUAUAAAUGUCCCUAUUUAAACUGUGGAAAACGUUUUUCAAGAACAGAUAACUUAAGUCAACAUAUGCGUAUUCAUAGAAGUAAUAAUAACAAAGAACGUUAA